AUGCGAGGAAUUGGGACAUAUAUUUGCCUGGUUUUGGCAGUGCUCUUGGGCUUCUACUUAGCUCUCGCUCCCUGGGAUGAUGUGGUGGACAUCGCUUUAGCGGUGGACCGAUUUCUCGGUCAGGCACCGCUCAUGGAUUCUAGUGAGUUCAAGACCACGAAACACCUAGAGGAGGUCGAGAAACCCCUGUGGAUUCCGUCUCCGUUUUUGCCUUUUGCGCCUCUUACUAAGCAGAAUGAGUUGGUUGCGCAUCACAACGAGUCUUUGCGGGACAUGCCCGAAGACUGUGCCACUGCGGCGGCGGUAGACAUCUUCCCCAACAUCACCAUCGCCCAGGCUUGCCGCGCAUGGUGCCGAACGCAGCUUGGUCCAGGCAGUUCCUUGGUGCAUGCUGUGAGCCCUGUACAUUGGGUCGUUGUCAAGCGAAGUCCAGUGUAUUGGUUCAACGUGGACUACAGCAUGUGCUUCAAGGCAGAGACCGCAUCAUGGGCGCUCUCCUGGUUCCCUUCCUUUUGGCAUGCCUUCUUGGUCGCCUUGAUAUAUGGAAGCGUGAGUUUCAUCACCUUGGCCCGCCGACUGCAGGAGCAUCCCGAAGAGUUUCUUCCCUUGGGGCCGAACCCAGACGAGCGUUCUGAGGAAUUCAAAACAUACUUCGAGCGGCGCUGUGGUCUUCAGCUUUUCGAAAAUGAUCGUGCUGCAGAACGAUCUUCGCUGAUAGUCUCGGUUGGCUGUCUACUGCUGGAACCAGCUGGAGAUGUUUUGGCAAUCCUUGGGUAUCUGCGGUACGGCCAGCCCAUAUAUGCCAUGGUCUCCACGUUCUUCGUCGUUUGUUCUUGCCUCCAUGCAUGCGACCUUUUCCAGAUGAAGGGGUCGGAAGCCAUGGCACAGAGUUUCGCACGCGGCUUCGCGACGAAAGCAUUGUUUCAGCACAUGGUCUCCGAACUCUUCGAAGGUCUGGGUGGCACGGUAGUCCAGCUUUAUGCUUUCCUCACCAUGCGAUUUUUCAUCUGCGUGGAGGAUCCGAAUAUGAUUGUUACCUUUGCCAAUCUUAUGGUAAGCGCAUGCGUGUCGCUUACCAUGACGCUGCCUAACGGCUCACAGUCACUGUGGCUGAUCUUGAAGAGUUCCGGUCCAGAUUUCUUUGAUACGUUCUGUGAUGUGCAGUACAGCAAAAGAAAGGUCCCUGGCACGUGGAAGUACAUGGCAUCUUUUGCCUGCGUGCUGAUUGCAGUCGUAGCUGCAGAGUCCUAUCACACCUCCUAUGAGAAGAUGGUCCGUCAUGUGGGAUCGUGCGGCUUAACACCAUCAACUUCCGAGCUUCUGACAUGGUUGGUCCCGAGUCUCCUACUUCUCACCUGUUGCGUUGCUAUAUGCUGUGGGCCUGUAAUUCUUGUGCUGUGUGCAGUUUGUAAGCCCUUUGCGCUGUGCAUCUGCUUGUGCUUUGGCGGCGGAGCAUGUGGAGCAGCGGACAGUGAGUCCGAGUCUAGUGACUCGGAAACCGUCACUAGCCUCGGCCUCAUCAAGGACCCGGACCCCUAG